AUGCCUCGCAAAAUAUCUACUGUUGAACGAGUGGUGAAGGCAAGGAACCGUCGUCAAGCAAAGACUGGCCCUGAGAAGGAGUUGCAGAAAAGACAUGAUGCUGACCGCAAAGCGAAAUUCGACUGUCUUAAAAAGCUCAAGGAAACUGGAAUCUGGAAAUCAGCACCUGAGUCACUGAAACAACAGCUUGAGGAUAAUGCCCUUGCGCAGUUAUGGCAAGAGAGGUUUAAUGCUAAGAGGUCCAAAGAGUGUAAGGCCUUGGAUCAAGAACUUAAUAAUUUCUAUAACCAGAAAUCCCCAAUUGAACCAAUUUGGGAGGGUGAUGAUGAAUUUUCUGGUAGUGAAGUUGAGGUAUCUGGGGGGGAAGAAAGUGAGGACUCGGAAGAAUUUGAGGACAAGUAUGUCACGGCGUGA